UGAGACAGUCAGAGGUCCUGAUGGUCUCUACACUGUCAGCAGCAGAGUGACUGUGGAGAAGAGACAUGGGAGGAAGUUCACCUGUAGAGUCACACAGAGGAAGAUCAACCAGACCAGAGAGAAGCACCUCACUAUUCCAGAUCAUUUCUUCACGUUCCCCAGCACUGUUGUUAUCGGUGCUGUGAUUGGCUGUGCUGCUUUGGUGUUCAUUCCUGUGAUCGUCUUUGUUGUGUGGAAAUGGAGACAAAAGAAAUCCACUCCAGGAUGAUUCACGUUUCCAACAGACGGUCCCUUCACUAUCAGCAUGGUGCCUUCACUGACCUGGUGAUCUACACUGUUGUCUUCCUCGCCCUGAUGAACUCAUGUAGAGCUCAGUCUGAGGUGAUCGUUCCAUCUCAGCCAGUAGUUUCAUUGGUGGGUGAAGACGUUAUUCUGCCAUGUCACCUGGACCCCGUCAUGAAUGCUUUUGACAUGACUGUGGAGUGGGCGAGACCUGACCUGAACCCCAGAUUUGUCCUCUUGUGGCGUCAAGGCGAAGAACUGGAGACUAAAAAACAUCCGUCCUUCAGUGGAAGAACAUCAGUGUUCAUCGAUGAGCUGGAGAAGGGAAACAUCUCACUGAAACUCUCCAAAGUUAAAGUCUCUGAUGAGGGAGGAUACAAAUGCUUCAUGCCUGCAUUGUCAAAAACCUCCACUGUUCAGCUUGUUGUAGGUUCUGUCUCCUCACCUGUUGUUCAGAUGAUCAAAAACAACAAUGGAGUGUUGUUAGAGUGUGAGUCUGCAGACUGGUAUCCAGAGCCAGAGAUGUUUUGGCUGGACGGCGAGGGAAACCUCCUCUCUGCUGAACCCACUGAGACAGUCAGAGGUCCUGAUGGUCUCUACACUGUCAGCAGCAGAGUGACUGUGGAGAAGAGACAUGGGAGGAAGUUCACCUGUAGAGUCACACAGAGGAAGAUCAACCAGACCAGAGAGAAGCACCUCACUAUUCCAGAUCAUUUCUUUGUGGUCCCUACUCCCAGUCCUCCUAGUACUCCCGUUCCUCCCAGUCCUCCCAGUCCUCCUGGUACUCAUGUUGUUAUCGGUGCUGUGAUUGGCUGUGCUGCUUUGCUGUUCAUUCCUGUGAUCAUCUUUGUUGUGUGGAGACGGAGACAAAAGAAAUCCAAAAACAAGAAGAGGAGACGUGAGGAUGGAAGUGAACACUCUGAGGAAGAAAAGCUAGUCACAUCUAAAACUGAUAAAACAGGAUUUCAAGUUGUGAAUGAAAAAGAAGAAAACCUUCCACUCAUUUCAGUUAAAGACGAGAACAAUCCUGACAAAACAGGAGAAAAGAGUGAGACUGAAGAUGAGGGACAAAGACGAGAAACAAAUUACGGAGACGAGAGUGAACAGGAGACAGUGAAACCAGUUAGAGACGAUUCAGGACAUUCAAUACAAAUAAAACACAUCAACACUGAUCAGAAGAUGAAGAGGAAAGAGACACAGCAAGAGGCAGUGAGUGAUGAAGACAAGAAAGAGACAAAAACUGAGAAAGAGAAUCGGGAGGAGCCAUCAAAUAUAGGAGGCUCUGGAUCGACAGGACAGAAGAAGAAAAAGGAGAACCACAGAGAAGAAAUCGAACUGAAGGCAGAUAGAAAGUCUGAACCUGAACCAGAUCAGGAUGAAACCAAAUACCAGCCAGCAGAAUCAAAAGAGGGUGUAGGGGUUGAGAUUAAACAAAGACAAGAAGAGAGGCAGGAAGCUGGUCUACAAGAGGACAAUGAUACAACUCAAAGGAAGUCUGUGGAGAUACUAAACCAAAUUAGAGGAGUAGAAGAAGAAAAGCAGGCAGAGCAACAACUGGAUGUAAAGGUAAAAGUCAGAGAGCAAAGAGAGGAAUCUAAAGAGGGGGUAAUGGUGGAGGAUAAUGGAAGAGGGGAGGAGAGUUUAGAGACUGACAGAAAAGCUUCUGUUGAUGAAACCCAAAGGAAGGCUGACGGGAAAGAAAACCAAAGAAGAGAAGAAGCAGUCAGACAAGAAGCUCAGACAACAGCUAAAGGAAUCACAGAGGAGAUAAAAGUUGAGUGGACAGACGGAGAGAAACAGGAGUCUGUAACUGAUAAAGAAGCUGACACAGAUGAAACCCAAAAGAAGCACAAGAAGAUAACAUCAGAAUCCAAAGGAGGAGAACAACAGCUGAUGCUGCAACAUUCAGACAUGAAUAAAGAAAUGAGAGAGAGAGGAGUGGAGGGUCAGGAGGACCUGCAGCAGGAGGAGGACAUGAAGACUGAUCAACCUCAACCAAAUGUCAUACAAAGUAUUGAACCACUAAAUACACCAUUUCAAUAUGAAUCAGCUACAGAGGGGCAGAAUAAGGAGGCUUUUGGUAGAGGACAGAAAGAGGUGCAGCCCCAAAACAUCAACACUGAUCAGAAGAUGGAGAAGGAAGAGACACAGCAAGAGGCAGUGAGUGAUGAAGACGAGAAAGAGACAAAAACUGAGAAAGAGAAUCAGGAGGAGCCAUCGAAUAUAGGAGGCUCUGGAUCGACAGGACAGAAGAAGAAAAAGGAGAACCGGAGAGAAGAAUUCAAACUGAAGACAAAGGGACAGAGUAAGGAGGCUUUUGGUAGAGGACAGAAAGAGGUGCAGCCCCAAAACAUCAACACUGAUCAGAAGAUGGAGAAGGAAGAGACACAGCAAGAGGCAGCGAGUGAUGAAGACGAGAAAGAGACAAAAACUGAGAAAGAGAAUCGGGAGGAGCCAUCGAAUAUAGGAGGCUCUGGAUCGACAGGACAGAAGAAGAAAAAGGAGAACCGGAGAGAAGAAUUCAAACUGAAGGCAGAUAGAGAGAGGAUGAAGAGCAAAGAGAAGCUUAACGAUUCAAUGAAAAAGAGAAAACCUGAGGAUGACAUGCUCAACCAACGAAGGGGAAUUCAGGACCAGCCUCUUUUAGAAGACAGGAAACAGGAGAGGAUUCAGACAGAACCUGAGGAUAGAGGAGAAAGUAAUCAAGAAGAAAAUCAAAGUACCCUCACUAAAACAACAGAAGAGAAGGCAGGGGACAUUUACAAAGGAGCGGACAGUAAUGAAAAUCAAAAAAAGGUCAUGGAAACACAAAGCAAACAUCGUAGGGAAAGAGAAGAAAAGAAGAAACGAGCAGCUGAACGCUUAAAAUCAACUAAUAAACCAGCUGGAGGAGUCAAAGAGCAGGUAAAAGUAGAGGGUAGAGAAAGAAGGGAUGAGGGGUCCAAAACUGAUGAAGGAGCUGAAAUUGAAACUCGAAGGAAGAAAGAAAAUAUACAAACAGGAUUCAGAGAGGGAGGAGCUGAGGGUCAAGAGGAGCUGCAGGAAGAGGAGGAUGGAGAGACUGAUGAACCUCAACAUGUCACAUGGAGGAUCAAACCACAACAAACACAAGAGGCUUAUCUCCAAAGGUUAAAACGGUACCAGGAUGAGGAAGAGGGAGAUGUUCGUAUGGAGUCUGAAGAAGAAACUUAAGAAGAGAAAUAUUAACCCAAAACAUGUGAUUGGACUCCACAUGAGGAAGAAGCUUUGAGUAAAGAAGAGAAGGGAGAUGAGCUGAAACAGAAAACAGUCGACAUUAGGCGACUCAGCAGAGAAGAGGAACUGAAUGAUGGAGCACUGAGCAGCUUAUUUAUCUUUUUCAACUAAUCAUUAGAAGGCAUCUUUUCCCCACGUGUCCUUCAUGAAUAGAGGAAUUACAGAGACCAAAACAUUUUUUACCAUGCUGUAAACAUGUUUCAAACUGCUGUAAAGUUCUGCAUUUUACAUGGAAAUUGACUCACUUUUGGCAUCAACGUCAGACUACUCAAGGAGCUGCUGUUUUUGGUGUUUCAGCAUUGUUUCACACUUGCAGCUGGGAUGGCGGCGUUGUUGAUGUCAGGGUUUUCCAUUGGUCCAAUGACAGAAACUCCUUAGUACAUUUUCUAAAUGUACACAUUUUGUUAAGGACUGCAAAUCCAUGCACAUGGUUUAAAACACUGUGGAACAUGACUGAUUAUUUUUGUCCUCAGUGGCUCCGUAAAAUUCUGAAUCACAAUCAGAAUAGUUUUUUUAUUGUCAAGUACAUUUACACAUACGAGGACUUUGACUUGGUGUCUUGGUGCAAAACAAUGACUAAAGCAGUGAGAAGCUCUAAAACAGCAGAGCUCCUGCUGACCGAGAGCUUAAAUAGAAUAAGAAUCGAUGUUAGAUAGAAUAUGAAAAUGUAAAAACACAAAACAAGAGGCAUAAGAGGAGCUGUGCAGUUGUGCAGGCAUCUGCAGGAUUUACAGUCAGAAACAGUGUGCAGUGUGUCUUAAUGUAACGCAUAGAUUCAGUUUCAGCCUUCACAUUACUGUGAUGUCCUCAGACUUUGGGGCUGGACGAGAGUCUGUGUUUAUGUCGGGGGGGGGGGGGGAGAAACUGUUCUUGUGGCUGAGGUUUUGGUCCUGAUAGACAGCGGCCUCUAACCAGAGGGGAGGGUCUCGUGCACAUUGUUGAACACUCUUUAAAUUUGUUUUUGUGCUGUGUGUUUUGUGUGAGGUCAAAUGAUAAAUUGUGCAGAGCUGGAAUCAUUGAGAAAUGUUUGUAUGUUGAUUAAGAUGCUUUUGUACCAACAGAUUAAAACCACAGUGAUCUUAUA